UGCAGUCUGCGGCCUUCCUUCGCUUCUCCCCGGUACACGUCAUGCAAACAGCAACGUUCAUGCUGUGAGCAUGCGCAGUGUUGAAUCCUUCGCAAUUGUGUCUUGAAGAGGACUGUACGAUGGCCAUGAUGCUCCGCGCCUGUGUGCUGCUAGCUGUCCUGGUCCUGGGCUCAGGAGAGGAAGGAGCCCGGCUGCUGGCCUCUAAAUCCCUACUGAACCGCUACGCAGUGGAGGGCCGAGACCUGACCCUGCAGUAUAACAUCUACAACGUCGGUUCCAGAGCCAGCAAUGUCUCUCACACGGUGGUGCUGCGGCCCCUGAAGGCUGGAUACUUCAACUUCACCUCUGCCUCUGUUAGCUAUCUGGCCCAAGAGGGCGGACAAGUCGUGGUGGGCUAUACCAGUGCCCCAGGUCAGGGUGGCAUCCUGGCUCAGAGGGAGUUUGACCGGCGCUUCUCUCCACACUAUCUGGACUGGGCUGCGUUUGGUGUGAUGACUCUGCCCUCUAUUGGCAUCCCUCUGCUUCUCUGGUACUCCAGCAAGAGGAAGUAUGACUCACCAAAGGCCAAGAAGAACUGAGGAGCUCUGACAGGGUCUGAAGCUCAGAGAAAGAAGAAAGAGGCUUCGGGUGGCGGGGGGAGAUCUCAGAAGGGCUUAAUGACCCAUAUUGGGAGUGUAGGUGGUUACCAAGGAUUAUGAUUUGAUCAAAAAGCAGGAUGGUUAGUGAACAUAAGUUUUGUGGCUGCUGUUCAUUCCCUCACAUCUGCGGGAAGGCUCAUGUGACAGAGCGUGAUGCCUGCAAUUACUGCUCUUACAGCUGUCUGGAACCUUCCUGACCUGAAUCCAGAUGUGAAAAAUGUAGCCGGUUGUUAAAACUUCAAAUUACAUCAAUAAACUUUUUUUUGUUUUUGUAAUAUGUACCUGCCUUUUUCAUUCAGUUCACAUCUGCCUUGUAUUACAUGGAACCAUAGAAAAGGAUGGUGUCUUCAUGCAACACUGCUAACCAAUGUGGCCCUUCAGCUUCCUGUGUUUGUCGAUCAUCUGAUCAUUCCAAUAUUCAAACCAUCUUUUUAUCAUUCGCCUUCAGGGUUUAUUUAGUAUUUAUUAAGUAUUACUUUUAUGACCAAAGAGUACCUGGAGAUUACAAACAUCUACACCAAAUAAGCUCCUGAAUGUUUUUUUCUUAGUU